AUGAGUGAACACUAUAAUUUUUCUGAUUUUGUUAAAUUCAGAAAGAGUAAUACCUUUGGUAUAGGGAAGAUAGAGAACUUCAGCCGUGAGGAGGAUUGGUUCGAAUAUUUCGAAUAUAUUUUAAGUGAAGAAUUACCAACAGGUUGGUUUAUAUAUUGUAUAUUUUAUGUAUAUUAAUAUUAUACAACACACAUUUUCCAAUAUUCCUUAUUAUUGUAUUUUUCUUUUUGA